UCCGGCGAGCUAGUUGUAAUAGUGCUACGCCGGUGACCGCAUCGUCUCGACCGCAGCGCCGGCGCGGAGGCUACCUUCUGCCCCGACGUCCCCAUGGCCGGCCACCGGAACAAGGUCUCCUGGUCCUCCGGCCUCUGCAGCUGCUUCGACGACCUCGGCGGCUCAUGCUGUGCGAGUGGGACGAUGCACGUGCUGCAGGGCUUGGGGACGUCCGCGAUAGGCUCCAUCCUCUACCACUGCUGCUACCGCGCCAGACUGCGGGCAGAGCACGGGCUGGAGGAGAAGCCAUGCGCCGACUGCUGUGUCCACACCUUCUGCGGGUAUUGUGCCCUCUGCCAGGAGUAUCGCGAGCUCAAGAGUCGUGGCUUCGACAUGCAGGCGGGAUGGCAUGCCAACAUGGAGAGGAUGGGGAAGACCGUCGCGCCCCAGAUGAACCAGGGGAUGACUCGUUAGUCAAUUGAAAGCAAUGCAGACGGUUACUCUUCUCUAUAUAUCCUGGCUAGGGGUGUCAACGUCCAGCUACUCAUCCAGUCUUACUUUUUUAUCCAUGUAUGUGUCGGUGUGCUUAGCUGUUGCAAGUUGUUCUUCGUCCAACCAGUCACUUUCCACCAUGGGUCAAAUCUAUGUGCAACCAAUAAGACGUGUUAUCAUAUCUUUGUGUAGAAGAAACAGAUGUUCGCCUCCGUAAUGAGUGCAAUCACGUUUGGGUAUGUAAUAUCUAUGGCAGCUACCUUAAAUCUUCAAAAAAUUAUUGAGGAAACCUUAAAUCUCCAAAAUGGAUGUAGUGACCACGCGUAUUUGUAUGGG